UAGUAAAAGUCACCGUUCGUCAUCAAUAAAUCGCAAAAAUUGGCAAUCAGUGUCGCAAAAGUACUUCCCUCGCGGAUUCCGGUGCAAAUUUUUCACUUUGUCAUGCAAUAUUUGGCCUUUUCUUUCCAAAUUCAUCAUCGCGCGAAUCCUCGUUACGAUUUUCCCUACAAAAAAAAAUUAAAUUUAAGACUUUUUCACUUUACUAAAUGUUUUGCUUGAUGUCUCUCACUCACUUUUCACAUAUGACACAUCAGUGUUCCAGCUACUACUACCAAUAAUUUCAGUUCAAAAGUAAAGUUAAUCGAAAGCAACGACUAUAGAAUGUCCUUUGAUCUCAAUUUAAGCCCAAUUGAAGAACUCAAGUCUCCGUCGUACGUGAUCCGGGAGGUGUACGAGGACCAAGAUUCCUACGAAAAGUUCAUUGCGGAGCUGGAUAAGGCACUGGACGAGCAUUAUGAGACAAUAAUAAUUGAGCCUGCUAAAGUCGGGGAUGAGACAAGUAGAUGGAUUCGUGUCGGGAAUUGUCUGCACAAGACGGCGAUGUUGUCGGGACUCGCAUCUGUUGCUUCGGGCAUCAUUUGGCCCAAGAAUCUACACAGCAUGUGUGCGUGCGCUGCCAUAUCAACGUUUUGCUCAAGCAUUUACUGGAUUUCGUGGAGUUAUGAUCCGUGUGUGAAGUAUCAGAUCGAAACGAAUCCUCAAAUUUUAAAGAACAAAAUUCCAAAUUUCAGUGAUUUUUCGUCGCCCGUCGUGUUAAAGUAUAAGGACAAUAGUAUAGCUAAAUAUAUUCAUCGGAGUUGUUGCUUCCUCGCUGUCUCUCUGUGUCUAUUUCGGGUCUACCAAAUUUUCCGCGGGAACAAUAUUAGCAUUAGAAUGGAGAACUUGGCAGUUGUUGAGAAUUUUUGAACUGUUCACCGGUUUUUUUCUCAUCCAUUCAGAUAAAAAUCACACUCACAAACCCACACUCUCGAACACCUUUGUUGGCUAUUGAUUAAGGAAAAAAAUUUCAAAAAAAGCACGUCACCAAAACCGAAAGAGAAUCAAAAAAAGCUUUACUGUUAUUGCUGAUAUGGAAUGAAGAACGAAAAGAACUGCAAACAGUGCAUUUAACAAACAAACAAAAAAGGAGCGUACUUCUAGUGAAUUGAAUCAGUUUUAAAUUAUAUAGUUUAUUAGAGUUAAUGAUGAAG